AGAUAGAAAAUCAUCGGAAACUGUCUUCAAAUCAAGUUUAGUAUCGAGUGGAAAAGAUGUGUUUCGAUACAAAAAAACAAUUAAAUUUAAUACGGUGGUGUUGGGUGGUCCUGUUAGUCGUACCCAACAUUAAAUUAGUGGAAUCAGUGAUUGUUGGUCCGAAGACAGAAAAUGCAACAUGUGAAACCAUAACGUACCUUAAAGACCAAAUGUAUAAAUGCGAAUUGACUUUAAAAGCGAACGAAUUGUCUGAGAGACUGCUGAUAAAUUUAAAUCAAUUUGAAUUGAAUUGUACCGACACCAUAUACAUCUAUGAUGGUCCUAGUGUCUCCGGAGAUCCUGCAUAUAAAUUGACUUGCGACAACAAAACCGGAUCAGUGAUAUACUCAAGCAACAAUUCGCUUUCGUUAGAAUUGUUUACCGGUAACGACGCCGGAUUCGAUUCGACCGAUUUUUACUUGGUUUACACUUCAUUCAGCGGAUCUGAAAGUGGUUGCAACGGAUUUGUCUGUCAUGAUGAGAAUGAAUACUGCAUUCCGGAAUUAAACUUGUGUGACUCUUACAUUCACUGCAGUGAUGCAUCUGACGAGGAAUUACAUUGUUUGAAGUAUGAUGACAGCGGUGAUACUGUAAAAUUGAUUGCGCUGGUGUGCUUCGCUAGUUUUAUACUGCUGUUGGGCUGCAUAUGGCUAUGUGCACAUACAAGGAAGAUAAUGCGAAAUCGAGCAGCCAUACAACGGAAUGGUGUAGUCAAUAAUGAAUAAAGAUUCUUUAUUUAU